AUGUCACUCUACUCCUUCUUUGGCUGUCUCUUUCUAGCCUAUGGUCCCAUUCUUUCCAUAUUCUUUCUUUACAUUGCACGUAAUGCUCAAUAUGUUCUCUUGAUGGUCUCAAGUGCAUUCUUUUGCUUGAUUGCCCUUUUGAUCUCGAGUGUAAUAUGGUACCUGGCUAAGAAAACUCAAUCUACUCAUGCCGUCACGAUAGCUUAUAGUGUCGCAAUCCAGGAAAUAUUCCGCUGGGGAUUUUUUAGAAUCCUGAGUCGUGCCGAAACAGGUCUUAACCUCGUUUCCAGAAACCCAAACUCCCCAUUCAACAGGCCUGUGUUUGGUUUUGUCUCAGGAUUUGGUUAUGCAUUGAUGUCUUGCUUGGUCAGUUACAUAUCCCUGCUUGUAGAAUCUUUAGGCCCUGGCGUUAAGAUGUGCCAAUCUUGCCCUGGACUUAGCCUAUUCUUUGUAUCUGCCAUCAAUACCACAAUAUUCUCUCUGCUACAUAUGGCUUGGAUGAUGGUCGCAUUUGAAGGAUUCUCUUCUUACAAGACAAAAUCGGGCAUGCUACAGAUUACCUGGGUAAUCUUUUCACAUUACGGCGCUUCCUAUGCAACAUUGUUCAAUGCGUCAGAUAUUCAUCUUGGCUGUGUAUAUUCGGCACUUAUUGGUGUGGUUAUCUUAGCAAUAUCUUGUGCUUGGAUUGCCUAUGGUCUAAAAUCAAGAAACUACAUCAAUAGACACACAAACUAA